UCUCUCUUUCUUUUCAUCUUUUCAUCUUUCCAUCUCCUUCGUUACCCUAGAACCUUCUUGAGAGACACCCUUUUUAUAUAUAUUUUCAUCAACUUUCUCUCUCUAGAAGAAAAUAGCUCUUUCUCUCUCUGAAGUUGUAUGGCUUCAGGUUCACCUUCACAAGCUAGUCUUCUCCUUCAGAAACAACUUAAAGAUCUCUGUAAAAACCCAGUUGAUGGUUUUUCUGCUGGGUUAGUUGAUGAAAGCAAUUUGUUUGAAUGGAGUGUUACUAUUAUUGGACCACAAGAUACUCUAUAUGAAGGGGGUUUCUUUAAUGCCAUCAUGAGCUUUCCUCCAAACUAUCCCAACAGUCCUCCAACCGUAAGAUUUACCACAGAGAUCUGGCAUCCUAAUGUUUACUCUGAUGGAAAGGUUUGCAUCUCAAUCCUUCACCCCCCGGGUGAUGAUCCAAACGGCUAUGAGCUUGCUAGUGAACGUUGGUCUCCUGUCCACACGGUGGAGAGUAUAGUUCUAAGCAUCAUAUCCAUGCUUUCAAGCCCUAAUGAUGAAUCUCCUGCUAAUGUGGAAGCUGCUGUAAGAAUGGAGGGAAAAAAGAGAUGAGUUCAAGAAAAGGGUCAGUCGUUGUGUAAGACGAUCACAGGAAAUGGACUAAACACAGAAUGCUCCUACCCAUUUUAUGAUAAAGCCGAGGAAGUGGCGUCGUUCUUUUGGCUGGCUGUUCAUUGCUACAAAAUGUAGAAUUUGUUGACCGUUGGACAUUAUGUAUCGUGCCUUUCUGGUCUUGGGGGUUUUGUCAUUUUGGCAUUCGUGUUAUCUUACUUUGAAGGUUAAUUGCCUUUUAUAUUCAGUGGAAGUACUUUAUAGGUAGCUGAA